AUGAAAUUAGAAGCACUGGCAAAUGAGCUCAUCCUGGACCUAUUCGAAUAUCUGACAACGGCUGAAUUGCUACAAGCAUUUCAUUCGCUCAAUUCUCGUUUGAAAUCACUUGUUAUUUACCAUUUUAAAAUACGUACGUUUGAAAUCGGUUCAUUAUCUAUGAAUAAUUUUCAAAAAAUUUGUGAACACUACCUUCCAUCUAUGAUAAAUAAGAUUAAUCACGUUCACCUUAUUGAUCAUAUCGGUACGCGGGCACAAUUGGCUCAACUCUAUACGUAUAAUUUUACACUUCACCAAUUCGUUCAAUUGACAUCACUUGUUUUGUUUUAUCUUGAUGAUAAUAUUUUGAAUGAAAUCACGGUAGCCCUACCGCAUUUAUCGAAUCUAACUCAUUUGUCUUUUGAGUAUUGCAACUUAACGAUACGCCAGGAAAAUACGCUGAUUCUAAUCAAUACCAUUUGGAGUCUACCAAAUCUUUCGCAUUGCAAUAUUAAUCAUGCGUUUCGACACUAUGAAUCUGUGGACUGUCCCAUUGGACCGAGCGUGGUCUCAUCGAGUCUAAGACAUCUAUAUAUUUGGCAUGAAAAUGAUGCAUACUGCCGAUUGACUGAUAUCUUUCAGCACACACCUCGUCUCGAAUCGCUUGAUGCGUUGAACUCAUGCCUGCUGUAUAACCUCGAAUUACCCUCAUCUAUUCAAAUGAUCACAAGAUUGAAAUUACUGGAAUGUGAAUAUUCAAGAAUCGUAUGUCUUUUACCAAAAAUGAUAAAUUUAUGCGAAUUAAUGUUCACCACCGCUGAUCAAACUAUGCAGUAUGGUAUGAUUGAAAGUGAAUUAGAGGAAAUCAUACGAAAAUCUUUAACGAAACUCGAACGUCUUGAAUUUGAAAUCGUAUUUCUUCUUGACGAACAAGAGCAAAUUGAUAAUUUAUUCAAUUCGUUUCGAAGUUCGUUUUGGAUUGAUGAAAGAAAACAAUUUAUUCAAUACGAUUGGUAUGAAGAUGUGUCUCUUAUUUUUUUCUAUACGCUGCCGUACGCUUUCAAUACAUUUCAUGUUAAUUCGGCAGCAUUUUCGCAAUCAACCUGCCCUCAAACGGAUAAACAAUGGUUUUGUGAUCGCGUACAUAAUUUAAUUUAUGAUCUUACCUAUGCAAGUUCCACGCCACUGACUAAUUUAAUAUUUAAUAAAGUUAAAACGCUUACAGUGAGAUUUCCGGUUACUGAUCAUUUCUGGUCGAUGGUUCCGAACUUCGAUCGGUUGACUUUACUUGAAGUCGAAUCGUAUCGUCACUGCACUGAAGGUACAUCACAAUUGUUGCAAUUACUUCAGUGUGCAUCUCAUUUAUCGUUUUACAAGGAUUCACAUGCAGAUGGCAAGUUAAUAUAUCGGUGA